UGAAUUGAAUAUAAAUAAGUUAUAUUUAACAUUUAACCAAUUUUAGAACGUAUUGUAGUUUCUACUGUGAAUAUUGUACAUAUUUUGUAAAGAAAACCGACAUCUGGUAACAAUGCCUUUUAAACUCAAAUUGAAAAAGUCUAGACAUUACAGUGUAGUAUCCAAAUCUUUAUAUGUAAUAUCUGUAGAAAUAUUGGAUGGUACAAUUGUAGAAUGCACACUUUCUUCCGAAAGUACAGGCCAGGAUUGCCUUGAUGUCGUUUGUCAGAAAUUGAGCCUGAAUCAACCAAAAUUUUUUGGCUUACAGUAUGUAAGUCGCAACAAUGACAGUAAUCUAUGUUGGCUGGAAUUAGAUAGGCCUAUAAAAAGACAACUGGAUAAAUAUGCCCGAGGGCUUGUUGUACAUUUGAGGGUGAUGUAUUAUGUUAUUUCAGGAGUUACACUAAUUAGUGAUGAAGUAACAAGGUAUCAUUACUUCUUGCAAUUGAAACAAGAUGUUAUUGAAGGAAGGAUAUCUUGUACUCCGCAACAAGCCGUUGAGCUUGCUAGUUAUUCUAUGCAAGCAGAAUUCGGAAACUUUGAUGCCGAAAGACAUACUGCUCACUAUUUGAAAGAUUUUCAGUUAUUCCCAAAGACUUUUACAGAUCCGUCUUUACUAGAAACGUUAACAGAGGCAGCAAGUAGACAACACGCUGCCCUACACAAUUUGCCUCAAGGAACGGCAGAGGAGUACUACAUUUGCGCUUGUCAAAGAUUAGAAGGGUACGGGCAAGAAGUGUAUUCUGUAAAGGACAAUGAGGGAACAGAUACAUUAAUCAGCAUCUGUUUGACGGGAGUUUAUAUAGGUUACCCUGGAGGACGAGAAGGUAGACAUUUUGGUUGGUCUGACAUAAGUAAUGUUAUAAAUCACAAAAGAGAUUUCACGAUAGAAUCUGUCGGAGGCAGUGAGAAGGUUGACUUCCAUUUCAGUGAUGUAGAAAGUGCAAAAAAUGCGUGGCGUUUUUGUGUUCUUCAACAUAUAUUUUAUCGACAAUACGAAAUGAAUAAUAGUGUGGAUCAGGCUGAUAAGGGAUUACCGCAACCUCCAGUAUUUCAGCAGAGUGAGGAUAAACUGAGACAGAUGGAUAGUUAUGAGGACGUCACGAAUUCCUCUCAUCAAUGGGACAGACCUACGUUGUCCUCAACGCAGAGUCUUAGUCAGAGGGCCCAGUCGACUUCGUGUCUCGACUUAAACAAACAAACCGACAUAGAAACACUCAGGAGCCUCUUACCUUCUUACCGACCAGCCCCUGACUACGAAACAGCAAUCCAACAAAAAUAUAGGAAUUCAUCAAGUGCCAUUACGCCAAGGGAGCCAUUACACAAUACACACGCCAUUUUAUACAGUUCACAGCCUGAAAUCCAUCAGACGGAAGCUUACGCCGCCCACCUCUGUUAUCCGGACGUCACGCACAAUAAUAUCGAACAGAAGAAUCUCGUUUACAACUCCGCUUUUACUCAAUCGCAGAUUCUAGCUAACGAGAAUAGGCGAAUCGAUUUUACAGAUAAUAUCGGAAUGCUACACAUGUACAAGUCUCCUCCGCCAUACCCUACUAAUAAAAUCAAUUCCAACUCCACGCCAGAUCUAGCGGGGAUAUCGCAGCACGGUAAACCACAGAGCAACUUCAUAAACAGCAUAGUAAGCGGCUCAAGUCCCGAUUUGGUUUCAACCGGCAACUUUUACUUGAAACACUACGGCCAGUUAUACUCGAACCAUCAACCGCAUCCUAUACAUCGGUCGCAGAGUUACCUACCCCCUCAGCAUGGCACUUAUGAAAAUCUCGCCUCGAUUUUCAACAAUAACAUGUUAGGCCGACCUCAGGCCGUCAUAGUGGAGAAUCCCAACAUUACGAAGCAUAUAAAAAAAGUGUAUGACGAGCACGGCAAUAUCAUCUACUGCAUGCCCGCGAACAUGAAACAAAUAUUGCAAGAAAAUCAGUUGCCGAGCACGGGAUUCGUCGUGACCCGUAACCAGAACGCCAUGGUUGCUCACGAUCCCCACUUAAACAACUCCACGGAGCCUAUCUACGAGAAUAUUCCGCUGCCUUGGCAGAACGAAGGAGAGAUUAGGGCGAGAACCCAAAGCAUCCACUCGGCCCCGGAGAUAAGCCAGGUUGUUAAUCAUACGGUGGUCAAUGCCGUUCAGUCGCAGUUGCAGCAGUUGAACAUCAAAAAUCAGCAGCAAGACAAUAAAGAAAAUUUAUAUGCAAACAUUGAACGUGGCAGCGUAAAAUCAUCGUCAAAAACUGAAUUAAAUACUCAUAAUUCCAGCACACAGAAUCUAAGCGACACAAGUAGUAUUUUAAACCGAUCUGCUCAGAAUAUAAAUACGUCGCAUAUGUCGACCAGUACCAAUAUAAAUGUAGGUGAAUCCGCCAACACUCUAGGAAGAAAGAGCGCAUUCGUACAAAACAAAAAUACAUCCCUCAACUCCACCAUAACUAGCGGAUCGUCUUAUGUAGAUAAAGGGAAUCUUUCAAACGAAACUUACACAGACGCAAGUUCAGCCUCAAAUCCUAGUGUGAAUAAGACGAAAAAGAAACGUUGGGGCAUCUUAAUAGGGAGGAGUAAAUCUGGGGAAAAGGUUAAGAGUGCCACAUUGGGGAGAGAAAAGAAAAAAGAGGACAAGAAUGAGACGAAUAACAAACAUCGCUGGUCGACGGGACUGCCGAGGUUUAAUCCGCUACCUCCAUCUAUUAGUAAAGAAACAAUGUGUCAGCUAUUAGAAAAUAAAUUAGCAGAUAGUCAGUUGUUUUUCGAAUUCGACAAGAUCCCGAAAAAAAAACAGAAUGCAGAAUUUACAACUGCCCUUCAUCCUGACAAUGCAGCUUUCAAUCGUUUUAAAGACGUACUGCCCUACGAGGACAACAGACUACGGUUAACCCCUUCCAGAAAUAAUAAAUUUGGAUACAUCAAUGCAUCUCACAUAACGGCAACUGUUGGCAGCAAACAGAGGUUUUACAUUGCAGCUCAGGGACCUACUAGACAGACGCUUCCUUACUUUUGGCAGUGCGUUUGGGAAGCCGAGGUCUACUUAAUGGUGCAGCUCACCGAUCUUACAGAAGAUAUUAAUUAUCUUCCGGAUGCCGACGAAAGAUGUAUCGAUGUAGAUCAGGACUACCAAGUCUGGUGGGAAUUUUCUCAGAAGACGGGGCAUUGCGUAACCAGCAAAGUAAGAUUAUGUCACGUAAGCUCUCGCAGGUACCGAACAAUAUGGCACCUACACUACACGGACUGGGGUGACCAGGGUUGCCCGAAUUCGGUGGCACACUUCUUGGGUUUUUUAGAGGAGAUGCAGUCAGUGCAUCAGCACUCUAUGGGGGAGAUUCCACCGGGACACAACAAGAAUCCACCCAUUCUGGUUCACUGUACAGCCGGCGUUGGCAGGACUGGUCUCACGAUUCUGAGUGAUUUACUGCUUUAUACUGUAGACCACAACCAGGAGGUGUGCAUCCCCAGAGUUGUUGGACUUCUUCGACACCAGAGGGCAUUUAUGAUACAAACUAUUGCGCAAUACAGAUUUGUAUAUUCGUUACUAAUACAUUAUUUAAAACAAACUCGUCUCAUAUAGCAUUUUGUAUAUCUUGUGUACUGAUGCCAUUGUGUUUUUUAUCUAAUAAGUGUGCAGAUAUUUACGGUAUAACUUUACAUCAUGGAUUUCUAUUUAAACUUUUCUUGUACUUAAUAAGGGAGCUAAAAGCUCUUAAAAGAGAAUGUUGCAAUCUUGUGUGUCUUCUUUCAGUAUUGGCUUAUAAUAUUUUAUGUACUUAAUUUUCCUCUCGUUGGACUUUGUAUUUUUGGAAAUUUAUUGAUAAGUCUGAUCAUAGUUGUAAGUGUACAAAUAUUUAUCUUUUCAGUAAGUAAUUAUUAGCGGGGCGAUCUAAAGCAGUUGUAAAAUAUUUAGAAAAAUUUGGGGAUAUACGAGUAUUACAAAAAUAACCUCGAAAUAUUUUUUUAUUAUUUAUUCGAUGAAGUUAUUACCCUAUUCGUCAUAACGGAAUUGCAGGCUUAGUUUUCCUAACUAUUCAGGUUCAUUUUGAAAGAGUAGCCCAAGGUGCUAUUUCAUAACUUUGUGAUAGAGGCUCAAUUUGUGCUGUUGUAAUUUGAGAUUACUUUAUAAAUCCAUUGCCAUUUUUCUAAUCAGUUAUUCAGUUAAAUGCAUUUUUAGGUAAUCUAUUAUUAAAUUUAAGGUUUCAAUCAAUUUGUUAGGUGUUCCGUUCUUGUAAUCUGGAUAAAUGACAGACACUCAUUAACUAAGUAAAAUUUUUAUGGCUAGGUAUUAUAUUGUUCCAUUACAGUAUUUUUUUUUGUAGAAAAUGUGUCAGCAUUUUUUAUUUUUGAUGUUUUGAAAAAAUAUACAUAUAUUGUCUGAA